UGCGGGGGAAGAAGCGUGAACUUGAACGCUGCCUUCACUGCUCAGUGCGAGUCCAGGCACAGUCCGGCUAGUCUCAGAUCAGCCUGUUCCCGCAGCCCAGGUUUCGGCCAACUUAUCAGAGGGAAAACAAGUGGACGGAUUUAGCUUCAGGAGGUUUUUCUGUUUCUGGUGUAUUUGUUGCGCUGUUUGGGACCCAGAACGGUGCCAAACGCGGAACGAUCGACGCGAUGUCCAGGCGCAAACUUGGAAGCCGACCGCAGCACCUGAGUGCAAUUCAAGAUGUCACUGAGCCGGUGGACUUCAGUGGCUCAUCAGAUCAGCAGCCUGCCCCUCCAGCACUUGUAGCCUCCGAUGAGGGCAGUGACCUGCUGACCUGUGGCCAGUGCAGCCAGGCCUUCCCUCUGGCCCACAUCCUGGCCUUCAUCCAACACAAACAGGGAGGCUGCCGGUCCCGAAACCAGGCCUCCAACACCAGAGCCGCGCCUCCCUCACCUGCCAACCGAGCACAGCAGCGCAUCGCCAACACCGAGCUUGAGCCGGGAUUCAUCGAGCUGAGGAGAGGGGCGGCCCGGGACAGAGCCUGGGGGGAGGAGCCUGGUUUGAAGGUGAAGGCGGAGUCUCACAAAACAGCGCCUGAGGAGCCGUCCUAUUUCACCUGCCAGCAGUGUGAAGGUGUGUUUCCAUCAGCGUGGGCAGUCCUGCAGCAUGCUCAGCACACACAUUCCUUCAGCAUCUACCAAGAGGAUGAGGAUGAGGACACCGACAUGAGAUCAGGAAGAGGAGAAAUCAAAGAGCAUAAACCAGCCACUGCCACACUGGACCCACGCCACUUGAGCCAAGCACUUGCCUCUGCCUUUCAACCCUCUGCUCUGCGCCUCAGUCGCUCCCGUCAGACGCAUACCACCUCCACAUCAUCUUCUAGUAAUACGAAGGCUCUGAACUUUUCAAUCAGGCUCAGGGAACUGGCAGAGGGCAGUAAUACCACAAGCAGCUCCACUGGAGGCCUGGUGCUGUCUCCGUCCUCCUCCCCACCUGCUGCUUCUCCUUUUCCCCAGACCAGUGCCAAUCAAGCGUACUUCCAGUGUGAGCUAUGUGACCAGAACUUCCAGUCCUUACGCGCCUUGUCUGCCCACCGCCGGACUCACACCUGCGAGAAGCCCUAUCACUGUGGAGUGUGUGGGCAGGCCUUUUCCCAGAGUGGCCAGCUGGCUCGUCAUAUACGGAGCCAUCACAGGGAAGCUGGAGGUGGAGGAAGUGGAUACGAAUCAAUGGAGAUGGUCGUCAUGGAGGAGGACGUAGGGAGGCAGGGGGUGAGAGGGAGAUUUCAAAUGCAGCCAGCUGGAAUCACUGGAAAAGCAGCCAACGUGAGAUCUCAGGGUCCUUCUGAGCUGGACCUCACCCUGCCCAAACACCCCUCCAUCGCUUCAGGCCUGAUGCUGCUGACCUCACAGGUUAGACCGCCAGACAGGGAGCUGCUGAGGCUGUACCAGCGCCAGGGAGAGGGAGGGGAGGAGGAGGUAGAGGGACAAGUGGAGCCCAGGCACACCUCACCAUGUGCCAGCCCCUCUGAAGGCUCACUGGAGAGUGGAGAAACAGGGGGCAGCGGCGAGAGCGGCAUUGCUAGUGGAAACUGCACACCCAAAAGGCCAGAGAUAGGAGUGCGAGGGGUUGGAGAGUGGGAGAGCGAAAGAGGGGAGAUGAUAGAGAGAGAGAAAGAGUGGACCACAGCCAAAGUCAGCGAGGCAGUGCAGGAGUGGCAGAGAGAAAACGAGAGGCGGAGUACAGGAGGAGGUGUUAUUGCAGGACACAACAAUAACAACACCACUGCCAGCACAGGUGGCAAAAAGAAAAAAGACGAGGCCUGUGAGUUCUGUGGUAAACAGUUCCGCAACAGCAGUAACCUGACCGUGCACCGCCGCAGCCACACAGGCGAGCGACCAUAUCGUUGUGGCCUCUGUAACUACGCUUGUGCCCAGAGUUCAAAGUUAACACGCCACAUGAAGACCCACGGUGCUCAAGGCUCCAAAGCUCCUUUUCUUUGCCAGUUGUGUGCAGUGCCUUUCACUGUCUAUGCCACUUUAGAGAAACACCUGAAGAAAGUGCAUGGCCUGAGUCAUGCUAGUGUGGGCACUUACGCACAGGCCAGCGCCGCUGAUACUUUGGCUGCCAUAAAAGCUGAAGAAGAAGCAGUAGUGGUGAAAAUGGAGGAGGAUGAGGCCAGUUUGGAUCAGAUGGAAAUGGAGGGCAAGACACAGAGUGACGUGGGCAAAGGCAUGGAGGUGGAUGAAGGACAGAACCUGGAGGGGUUUGUGGAGAACCAAAGGAGUUCAGCUGCAGUGGAGUGCAGUGCAGAAACAGGCUUGGCUUUGACCUCUGCACCCUAAGACAAGUUGCCAUCCCCAAACAUAACAUUAAAAUAGCACUGUAUAGAAUUGAAAUUCCCAUCGUUGAACUGACAGGCACAUUAACCUGGACUCUAGUUAAAAGAAGAAGCUGUAGAAAGUAGCAAGCAGUCUUGCACUGUUGCCCCCCUGUUUCCCCAUUCUACCCCACACUGAGGCACACAGCAGCCUGCCACACUGUUCAUGAUUGUAUGCAAAGCUGCUGGUUGAAACUAAGUGCCUACAGUUCUUUAGACCACAGACAAAAACAAGGCCAUGACAUUCAGCAGGGAGAUUACCAGAGCUCUUGAACAGGAAGUGAACUGCCACAGUCCACACCGACGCAGGAAACUGAUCACCAUGUUGCAGUGCAGGAUGCAAAAGACGAACGAUUUAUCUCUCUGGUGACCCACUGGACAGGUGGGGACAGAAAUAAACUUUCAGAUAAUACAGAGAACAGAUUAUAUAAAAUGAAAAGCCUAGCAAUAGAAUCAUGUUAAUAUAUUUUCCCCAUCAGCAGACCUUUUAUAUGAGAGGUCAUUUAAUGUAGUGCUGCAUAGCGUUGCUGGUUUCCUUUUGAGAAGACCUUUUAAAGACUAAAGUUGUUUGAAGAGACACAGGGGUGAAAUGAAUCCAAACACUGUCUGCCUGCAGAUUCUCAGACUUCUUUUUAAAGGCGCUUGGUUGUCACAACACUUGUCACUUAACAUAAUGUUUACAGGGCUCAUGGGGCCAAGCGAGGCUGUGCUCCUGACUUUGUGACAGUAUGUACAGAUGAUUUUCUGUUGUUUAGUUCAUUUCCUUAUUUUAUAAAUGUGAAUAUGGAGACUUUAAAGUCAUGUCUACUGAUAUUUUCCAUGGUUAGUUUCUAUGCAUAAAGAAAACUGCAGUUUUACUUGCAGUACAUGUAAAACGGGUGUGUAUUAAUUUUUCUCUACUUGUACUUUAUGUGACGGUUAUUUCUUUUUUUCCAUUGUUUACAUUUGUGAAGUGCCGGACCGCUCAAAGCUCAUGCAUGUUUUGCAGCCAUAAAAAAAGUACUGCUGUUUUUGUUUUUUUUGUUUUUUGUUUUUUGUUUUACAUUUUCUUGAUUGAUUUUCUCCUUGUUUAUGGAUGCUGCAUGUAAAAGUCUGUUUGACUGCUGAUCUACAGGGUUGGGAGGUAUUGUCAUAGCUAGUUGAUUGGUGGUGUUUUGUGGAAAGCCACCAAGCAAGCACUUGGUUGAGUGAGUUGUGUGAAUGUUUUUGUGUGUGUACAUAUAGAAAAAGA